AUGUGCAAAGAAGAUGAAAAGGAGGAGAGUGAGAGGAACAAGAUGAAGAGUUUUGGAAGCGUGAGAUCGAUGUUCAUGUACGCGGACAGUGUAGAUUGGUUGCUGAUGGCAUUAGGCUUCAUAGGAGCCGUUGGUGAUGGCUUCAUCACUCCUGUUGUAGUAUUUAUCUUCAACACACUACUCAAUGACCUUAAUUCUUCCUCUUCCAAUAGUAAAAAUUUCAUGCAAACCAUCUCCAAGAAUGUUGUAGUUUUGCUUUACGUGGCUUGUGGAUCUUGGAUGAUAUGUUUUCUUGAAGGAUAUUGUUGGACAAGAACAGGAGAGAGACAAGCUGCAAGAAUGAGAGAAAACUACUUAAGAGCAGUGUUAAGACAAGAUGUUGGUUACUUUGAUCUUCAUGCCACAAGCACUUCUGAUGUUGUCACUAGUAUCUCUAGUGACAACCUCGUCAUACAAGACUGCCUCAGUGAUAAGUUCCCAAACUUUCUGAAGAAUGCAGCUUCGUUUGUCGCGAGCUAUAUAGUAGGUUUCAUCUUGUUGUGGAGGCUCACAAUCGUAGGCGUCCCGUUCAUCAUCCUCCUUUUAGUCCCGGGACUAAUGUAUGGACGAGCCCUUGUCAGCAUCUCAAGGAAGAUACGUGAGCAGUACAAUGAUGCUGGUGCUAUAGCCGAGCAGGCAAUAUCAUCGGUACGAACUGUCUACGCAUUUGUUAGUGAGAAAAAAAUGAUAGGGAAGUUCUCAACUGCGCUUAAAGGAUCGGUGAAGCUAGGGUUGAGACAAGGGUUAGCUAAAGGAAUCGCCAUUGGGAGCAGUGGUGUUAUUUAUGCUAUAUGGGGAUUCUUAACUUGGUACGGAAGCCGGAUGGUUAUGUACCAUGGCUCCAAAGGUGGUACUAUCUUCGUAGUUGUUAGUUGCAUCACAUAUGGUGGCGUAGAACUUGGUCAAAGUUUGUCGAAUAUCAAGUAUUUCUCGGAGGCAUUUGUAGCAUGGGAACGGAUUUUGGAAGUGAUAAAAAGAGUCCCUGAUAUAGAUUCAGAGAAAAUGGAAGGUCAGAUUCUGGAGAGAAUUAAAGGAGAAGUUGAGUUCAAUCAUGUGAAGUUCAUGUAUCCUUCUAGACCUGAAACCCCUAUCUUUGAAAAUUUAUGUCUAAAAAUUCCAUCCGGGAAAACUGUAGCUUUGGUAGGCGGAAGUGGGACGGGAAAAUCGACCGUGGUAUCGCUUUUACAGCGGUUUUAUGACCCGAAUGCAGGAGAGAUUCUCAUUGAUGGUGUGUCCAUUAAUAAGCUCAAAGUGAAUUGGUUGAGAUCGCAAAUGGGUUUGGUUAGUCAAGAGCCAGCACUCUUUGCCACAUCUAUAGCGGAGAACAUAUUAUUUGGUAAAGAAGACGCAUCCAUGAAUGAAGUAGUUGAAGCUGCCAAGGCCUCAAAUGCUCAUAAUUUUAUUUCUCAGUUCCCUCUUGGUUACAAAACUCAGGUUGGAGAGAGAGGAGUGCAAAUGUCAGGAGGCCAGAAGCAAAGGAUUGCAAUUGCGCGAGCGAUAAUUAAAUCACCAAUAAUUCUCCUUUUAGACGAGGCAACAAGCGCUUUGGACUCUGAAUCUGAAAGGAUAGUUCAAGAAUCCUUAGACAAUGCCUCUAUUGGUCGUACCACUAUCGUAAUUGCCCACCGCCUCUCUACCAUUCGUAAUGCUGAUGUUAUAUGUGUAAUCAAUAAUGGCCACAUUGUGGAAAGUGGAUCGCACGAAGAGCUUAUGGAGAGGAUAGAUGGUCAAUACACUUCUCUAGUCCGCUUACAACAAAUGGAGAAAGAAGAAUCUGGUGUAAGUAUGAAAAGGGGUGAAGACUUGAGUUUGAGCCAAGAUUCAAAGUAUAGUCAACAAAACUCUAUUAGUUGCACGAGUACAAGCAUUGUUACGAAUCUUUUGAUUCCUUAUGAUAAUCAGCCGCUUGUGCCAUCAUUUAAGAGAUUGAUAGCAAUGAAUAGGCCAGAGUGGAAAUAUGCAUUAUAUGGUUGCGUAAGUGCAGCUUUAUUUGGUGUCUUACAACCGAUAUUCGCAUAUACUUCGGGAUCAGUUAUAUCAGUGUUCUUUCUAACAAGUCAUGAGCAGAUCAAGGAGAAAACAAGGUUCUAUGUUUUGCUAUUUCUAGGUUUAGCCGCAUUCUCUUUCUUGAUCAGCAUUAGUCAACAUUACAGUUUUGCAUACAUGGGUGAAUACUUAACAAAGCGUAUACGUGAAAACAUGCUCUCGAAGAUGCUGACGUUUGAAGUCAAUUGGUUUGAUAUAGAUGAUAACUCAAGUGGCGAAAUUUGCUCGAGACUAGCAAAAGAUGCUAAUGUGGUGAGAUCAAUGGUUGGCGAUCGAAUGUCAUUGUUGGUACAAACCAUAUCAGCAGUUAUAAUUGCUUGCAUAAUUGGUUUGGUCAUUGCUUGGCGAUUAGCCAUCGUUAUGAUUUCAGUGCAGCCACUAAUUGUUGUUUGCUUCUACACUCAACGAAUUCUGCUCAAGAGCUUGUCUGAAAAGGCCAACAAAGCUCAAGAUGAAAGUAGUAAAUUAGCCGCUGAAGCUGUCUCAAAUAUACGAACCAUCACUGCCUUCUCCUCACAAGAACGAAUAAUAACAUUACUGAAAAAGGUCCAAGAAGGUCCUCGGCAACAAAGCAUCUACCAAUCAUGGUUAGCUGGGAUUGUUCUUGGGACUUCUAGAAGCCUAAUAACGUGUACUUCAGCUUUAAAUUUUUGGUAUGGUGGUAGACUAAUCGCUGAUGGGAAGAUGGUGGCAAAGGCAUUCUUUGAGAUAUUUCUGAUUUUUGUAACUACUGGUCGGGUUAUCGCCGAUGCUGGGACCAUGACGACAGAUAUAGCCAAGGGUUUGGAUGCAGUUGGGUCAGUGUUUGCAGUGUUAGACCGCUGCACAACCAUUGAGCCAGAGAACCCUGAUGGAUACACCCCCGAAAAAAUAAAAGGAAACAUUAGUUUUUUGAAUGUGGACUUCACUUAUCCCACAAGACCUGAUGUAAUUAUAUUCAAGAACUUCUCCAUUGAGAUCGAUGAGGGGAAGUCAACAGCUAUUGUAGGUCCAAGCGGUUCAGGUAAAUCCACAAUAAUUGGCUUGAUUGAGCGGUUCUACGAUCCGUUAAAAGGUAUUGUUAAAAUUGAUGGCCGUGAUAUAAGGUCAUAUCAUCUAAGAUCACUUCGUCAAUUCAUAUCUUUGGUUAGCCAAGAACCGAUUCUAUUUGCUGGGACAAUCCGAGAGAAUAUUAUGUAUGGAGGAACAUCUAACAAGAUCGAAGAGUCUGAGAUUAUCGAGGCAGCAAAGACAUCGAAUGCUCAUGAUUUCAUCACAUCACUAUCUAACGGCUACGACACAAACUGUGGAGACAAAGGAGUACAAUUGUCUGGUGGUCAAAAGCAGAGGAUCGCAAUUGCUCGAGCUGUUUUGAAGAACCCAUCAGUAUUGCUCCUCGAUGAAGCUACAAGCGCUCUAGACAGCAAAUCAGAGCAUACGGUGCAAGAUGCGCUCGAACGUGUAAUGGUUGGAAGGACAAGCAUUGUGAUCGCACAUAGGCUUAGCACAAUCAAGAACUGCGACACGAUCGUUGUUUUAGACAAAGGGGAAGUUGUUGAAUGUGGUACCCAUUCUUCCUUGUUGAGAAAGGGUCCAACGGGAGCUUAUUUUUCAUUGGCCACUAUGCAGAGAACUCUCACUUGAAAGUCAGACGUGUAUAAAAUACUCUCUUUGCCAUGUAAAACAUGAAAAUUUCCACAGAACAAUAAAAAUUCAACUGUUAUAUUUGAGAGAAUGAAGUGUCGUAAAUUAAAAAAGGUGAAGUUAGUGUUCAGAUGCACUCUAUUGCCAUCUGAGACCAAACAGAGUCAACGAAGUGGUAAUCACUAAUAUAGAGGUAGAAGGUACCAUGGUGUGUCAUGCUUGAGUGCAAAAGUGAUCUAAUUGACUUCUUAAGUGGUUAUAAUCUUGUUAACACAUUUGGCAGUUGAAUUGUUCUUGGUUCAAUGCUAAUGG